AUGAAUAAGAUAAAAAUAUUAACGACAUCAAUUUUGUUAUUAUUGCUUUUGGUUUUAUGCAUUCAAAAUAACAACUUAAACUCAAAUUUCUUAAAAUUAUACCAUAAGGAAUAAAAUUUAAUUUCCGGAAAAAUAGUUUCCUAAUAUGGAUUAGGAAUCUCAGCAAAAUUAGAAAUCUAAAUUGAUAAUCAUAAAUUAUCAAUUGAAUCUAAUAAGGAAGGAGUGUAUACAUUUAAUUACGCAGAAGGUAAGCUCAAUUAAUAAUACAGCAUCUCAAUAAUAAUUACAGAGCUAAAUCUUGGUGUUUUAUAUAGCAAUCCAAUUGCUUAACAAAAUUUUAUACUUAAAGAAAAAGUUUAAAUACCCAAUAUUGUAUUGAAUGAAGGAGGGUAUGGAGCUCUUGUGAUUAAAGGAUAAUUUAAUGAAAAAUUGAGUGAUACACAUUUAUCAUUAAUUUUGGAAGAAAAAAAUAAACAACUCUAAUCUAAUGCAAUUACAACAUCAUUAGGACAAUUUGAAUUUCAUAUAUUUGGUAUCUAAUCAUUACCAAAAAAUGCUCUAUUAUCUGUUUUAGACAAUAAUUAACUAUACGAACCUAUUCAAUCUUUGUAAAUUACUUUAUAAGGGUCAGCUACAAUUAUAUAAUUAACAUAAAUUCAAUUAUAGUAAUCUAAAAGUAUUUAAAAUCAAGAGUAUUUAGGUUGUAGAUUAAUAGGAUGCAAAUCUUGCUAUCCUAACAAUUAAAAAUGCCAAGAAUGCGAUUUUGGUUAUAAAUUAGAAAGCAAUCAGCUUUGUAAAUUUGGCAAUUUUAAAGGCUUUGGAACAGCUAACCUUCAACUAUCAAAUUUAGGUCCAAUGAUGAAAAUUGUAGGAACUUUAAUAAAUUUAGAUUUCAAACCUAUAAUUAAUAGUCUUAUUUGUAUACAAUCAGAUAAUAUAUGUGCGGCUACAGGAGGUACUAAUCGUUAUGGUAAGAAAUUUAUAUUAUUUAAAGGUGAAUUUGAAAUAGAAAUAUCAACUUUAAAAUAAGGACAAUUAAAAUAUUUGUUUAUCGUUAAUAGUUUUAAAAAAGAGAUUUUAUUAUAUGGAAAUGAAAAUGUUCUGAACUUAGGAAAAAUAAUUAUAAAUUGA